UGCUUUGCAUUCCCAUGAAAUCAGGUACAUCCGCGACGUAGAACAAAUCUACACAGUUAAGAGUGAUAAGGAUCGAAUUUCUCUUUAUUUUAAGGGUAAAAAACACAACAGCGACUAAAUGUAAGGAGCCCUUUUUAGAAACAUGACGUGGCUUCUAUUCAGUUUGAAAAUUAUAGAUCUAUUCGUGCGGCUCGUUUUCUGCGUCUGUCUUUAUCGGUAACUCACUGCCGCGUUCGCUUAUCUUUCAAGCUGCUGUAGGUGUAUUAAAGCAUGUUUAUGAUUCUUUGAACUGUAUAAUUUCAUUCCAGACAUGGAAACAAUGUUACAUGUAAAGGUUUUACAAGAGAUUGGACAAUCUGAACGCCCUGGACGUCUGCCCUCUUCAUCGAGGUACACGCAGAUUGUUUGUUCGCUGUGUCAACUCGAUUCAUAGAAGUACAUUUAUGUACAUUUAAGCGCCUUCUGUUAUACAGUACUAAACCUUGCCCGCGUCAAUUAAGAGAACUCUUCCCUUGCGGUGCGGUAGGUUAUUGGUUGCGUUUUGCUCAGUUCAUUUUCACAGGGAUGCCUGCACAGUAAACACUCAGCUAUUAUGGGCGUAUUCUAGCCGAUGGGGAUAGAUUUGAGCUCCAGCACCCAAGGAGGGACUUCGUGUGAACAGAGCAGUUGUAGCCAUCUGUCCACUGCCUACCAGACUAAUUUCUGGAACUUGAAGCAAAUUUGUGAACAGAAAAAAAGUUUUAAGCGGAAUGACGGACUACAUACCAAAACUGCGUUAGUGUGAUAUUAGAAUAAAAGACAGUGUGUGAGCGCGUGCACGCAAGUGUGAAGUGUGGACGUCUGCGAGUGCAUGCACUAAUGAAGUGAGCGUGCAGGUGCUGUUUAAAUAUAAUGGACAGUGUGUGUGUGUGUCAAAAAGUCCCUGGAGCACUGAGCGGGUGCACGUAUCUAUCGGUGGGUACGUUUUUUAUUCUAUUCCAUUUUAUUUUCAUUUGUCCCUCCUGCUCUCGUGACUGACAGCUCGCACGUAAACACAGAGCACCGCUCUGGCAGCUACAAGCAGGCAACUAGGAUUAGAGCGACAGAAGAGGCAAACCCGAGAGAGUCCACCGAUUGUGCAAUGGACAGUGAGCGGAUCCAGUCGUUUUCACGGAGGCAAGAGCAGCGGCAGCAGCAACAACAACCGGAGAAGAACUUUCAGGUCUUCAGACAAAUUCGCUUUCCGUCCGGGAAAACAUUGUAAAGGACUUCGUCCGCGGUUCCCAUUACAAAAGUCCAGAUGAUGCUUUUAAAGUAAAAGGAGAAUAACGAACGGACCAGCGGAAUGUAAAGAUCGACAAGCAGUGGACAGCGAGAGGCAAGGAGGUGUCCGGAGAGGCGACGAAGCAUGAGCCCCACGGAGGAUGAGAAUGUGAAAAGGGAGAACGGGCAUGAGCAACCCUCGUCACCCCGUUCUCCAGCUAGUCCGCAUGAAUCCAAGCUCCAGAAGUUUAAAAGAUCUCUGUCAUUCAAAACCAAAAGCCUGAGGAGCAAAAGUGCAGAUAACUUCUUCCAGAGAACCUGCAGCGAUAUGAAACUUCAAACGGACCUUCUGCCAGAUGUGAGCGGCAGCACUGGCCAGUUGACGGACUCCAGCAGCCAGAGCAGCACCCCCAGUAAAAGCCAGAAGCAGGUGGACAUCAAGACUCACAGCUUCGUGGAGCACACAUUCAAAAAGCCCACCUUCUGCGACAUAUGCAGUCACAUGAUAGUGGGAGUCAAUGCUAAGCAUGGGCUGCGCUGUAAGGCCUGCAAGAUGAGCAUCCAUCACAAGUGUGCUGAGGGUGUGGGCCCUCAACGCUGCAUGGGAAAACUGCCUAAAGGCUUUCGCCGCUACUACAGCUCCCCACUACUGAUCCAGGAACAGUAUGGCUGCAUUAAAGAGGUCAUGCCCAUCGCCUGUGGAAGCAAAGUUGACCCAGUGUAUGAAGCACUGCGUUUUGGCACCUCACUGGCACAGAAAACCAAGCGCUCAAGCACCGGCAGUGGAUCUGAGUCUCCGCAACGAAACUCUACCUCUGACUUGGCUGAAGUUCCUGAAGAAAUUGAUAGCCACAGCCAUGCUUGUGACUCAUCAAGAAAUCACAGUGAUUCAGUAUUUACAUCUUUGGAGAAUCAAACUGAUCCUUCCCAAGAUAAAGAAAAAAAUCAAGAAAACAUUCAGGCCAGAAGUGUGCUGUCCCAUUUUCCCCACAAGGAUGUAUUGCAACUUAACACAUAUGUGGCCUUGUACCAGUUCUCGCCACAGGAAAGUCGUGACUUAGAGCUGAGACCUGGUGAUCGCAUCAUCUUGUUGGAUGACUCCAGUGAAGACUGGUGGAAGGGUGCAGUCCAUGACAGAACAGGAUUAUUUCCUGCAAACUUUGCAGAGCAGUUGAAGGCAGGUGGCCGAGUUUUCCGCUGCAUGAGAACUUUCAUAGGCUGCAAAGAGCAGGGCCAGAUCACUCUGAAGGAGGGCCAGGUGUGUGUCACUCAUGAGGAAGAAAAGAACGGCUUCAUCAUGGUGUCCAGUGGUAAGAAGAAGGGCUUCAUACCCUGUGAUAUCUUAGAAAACAUCUGAGGUGCUUGAACCCAUCUUCAGUUACAUCGGGGGGAGAAGCAAAGUGCCGACAAAGACACAAAGAGACAUGUACCAGUGCAGACAAAUCCUUACUGCUGCAAAUGUGUACUCUUAUGCACUUCUAUGUAUCUAGCCACCUAGUGAUAUACUAAAUUGUAUAGCACCUUCAACUCUCAGAGCGCUUCCCAAUAGAAGACUACAGUUCCAAAGAAUUCAGAGAAGAAUGUAAUGAUGUCCCAGCUAAUAAAUGAGAGUAUGAGGUAGAUGAGCAUCAUACAUUGAAAUGUAGCACCUGACAGCUCUGUAGGGGGAGAGAGGUUUUUUAAGUUCUUAAAAAUAAAUAUGAAAGCCCAUUUGCAAUAAUCCAUUGAUACAUUUAUGUCAUUCUGAGGUCGGCAUAUGAUGUAAGGCCUCCCGUAGUAACACAGAAUCGCUGAUUAUUAUACAAACUCUGCUCCUAUUUGUAAACAUGAACUCAACUCAUAUCUAGUACACCACCCACAGAGAACAAACUCUGCCCACAGCAUGUGAACCAUCAGAUCUGCACCCAUACUUCAAAAACCCAUUUCUAAUCCACUGACAUCUGAGUGUAUACUGCUGUGUUGAGAGAUCAGAGAAGAUCAGGUGAGG